CGCCAUGCCAGGCGUCCAGUCGCCCCCUCCCAGAGCUCCCUCUUCUCCUCCACAACUCCCUCCAAUACAGAUAGAAGAACUGGGCGUAUUUGACGUCGAGGGUGCGCAGAAACAACAAUCGAUCAAUCCUCAAAACGGGGUUGACACUCUCCCUCCCACAGCACCAUUCCUCUCCCCGAGCAGUAGCGGGGACGCAGACGAGGAGGGCACAUCCCCCGCUCCUACAUCUACUGCUCCCUCUACAAGGCCAUCUACCCCCCCUCCAGGGAGGAGACCCACAGCGGACACGACGAGCAAGAAAUGGCUUCCUGUUCAGCAGCCCAGCACCCUUCCGAGCACAAAGGCAAACGGCGCUCCACCGUCCAUCGUCAUCGCCCCCGCCAUCGAGGACGGCAUAUGGACAGUAAGCGUCGCAGAGGCCAAGGGCGCAGAGGGCGGCGCAUACACCAUCUAUGUCAAAACCCCUACACACCAUCUGACAUUAACACGCGCGGUCGCAGAAAUACAGGAAUUGGAAGUAAAGCUCUCAGCAACCCUCCCAGGCAUAAAGCUCCCUGCUUCCCCUCUCCAUGUCACUGGCAGUACACUCCCCAUAUCACCCACCCCGCGCAAACGUUCCUUCCUCACCACCGUAUCCCGCCUCGUCUCCCCAUCGCGAAACGCCACUCCUACGUCCUUUGGCUCCCGUGCGCGUCAGCUCAAGUCCCAAUCCUCGGGCGAACCGCUUCCCGACCCCACCGCAGUGGCGCAGUAUCUCACGACGCUGUCAAACGACCCUCGCGUGCGCACGGCCAAGCCUUGGCGAAGGUUUGUCCGUGUGAGGACGGAGGACCUCGAGAGUCGCCGCGUGGAGCGGAGGGUGCGGAGGACGCGCUCCGACCUAGCGGCGCAUAUUGCGCGCAAGACGGGUCUCGGAGGCUUGGGAAGCAGCGUCAAUGCUAGCCUUGUGGGUGUUAGCGCGAGCAAGACGGCCCCUCCUGGCAAGGGGCUCAAGGAGAUGAUGGAGGAGAGUGAGGAUGAGGAUCUGAGAGACGAGAACACAAAGUUUGUCGAGAGGAGGGAGAAGGCUCCUGAAGCGGAGAAGGAGCCUGAACCUGAACCGGUACAGCAAGUCGUCACGCUGGAGACGGCGUUGUCUGCAGAAACGCAAGAUGGGCUUGAGACGGUUGUGGAAGUCUCCCCUACUACUGAGAGGAGGGCAGAAGCGGACGCAGGGGUCUUCCUCCCUCUCUCGACUCUGGCAACGGAGAUUGUCUCCCCCCAACCGCAGCCUCUCUCCCCUCCUGCCGAGUCACCCUCGGCUAGCAUCCUCCCCCCUCCGGACGCAUCGCACACGCCUACGAUCGCCACUCGGCCUCUGACGUUCACUCCCCCUGCUACGCCAAAGGUCAAGCCAGCACCGGCAACGCACGUCCCUGUCCCUGAUUUCCCGCAUGCGAGCCUUCCCCCACGCCCGGCAUCAGCAGACCCGGACACCGCUGCGCAGAAAGAACGUAUGUGGAAGCGGGGCCUGUCGCACCAGCCGAGCGAGACGGAUAUCGCCGAGACUGAGGAGGACGAGGAGCCUACUGAUGCCGGAGCUUCUGCUGCUGCGGACGAGCUCUUCUCCGGUGCUGAGGAGAAGAAGGGCGACAAGAUGAAGAAACGCGGUAAGGGCCGCAAGAUCCGCAUAGAGGACUUUGAGAUGCUUCGCGUGCUUGGGAAGGGCUGUGCGGGCAAGGUCCUCCUCGUCAAGUACCGCGCGUCUGGCACGCUCUACGCCUUGAAGGCGAUAACGAAGCGGCAUGUGCUUGCGCACCAGGAACUGCAGCAUACCCUCACAGAACAGGCCGUGUUGAAACGCAUGGCUGCGGCGGGGGAUCAGGCAAACCCAUUCGUCGUCAAGCUCUACUGGUCCUUCCACGACCGCGAGCACCUGUUCCUUAUCAUGGAUUUCCACCCUGGUGGUGACCUUGCUACCCAGCUCGCGCGCUGGGGCAGGCUGGGCCGCGACCGUGCGCGGUUCUACGCCGCCGAGAUCGUAGAAGGCGUCGAGGGCCUACAUGCAGCAGGGGUGAUCUACCGGGACCUGAAGCCGGAGAAUAUCCUCAUCGGCGCAGAUGGGCAUAUCGUCCUAACCGACUUUGGGCUCUCGAAAGAGUUCCCAAAACGCGCCGCUCUGCCCCCGGCUAACGGUGCGCUCUACUCUGCCCCGGGCACACCGCCUCGCUCCACCAGCGCCCUCUGGCAGGGGAACGGGUAUGCGGACGGAGGGUUCUGGAGUGGGGGGAAGAAGGACCGGGAUCUUACGAGCACCUUCUGCGGUACGGCGGAGUAUCUUGCGCCUGAGGUCAUCCAGGCCUUGCCCUACAGCUACGAAGUCGACUGGUGGAGCUUUGGCACGAUGCUGUAUGAGAUGCUGACGGGUAUCACCCCGUUCUGGGCCAAUAACCACUCGGACAUGUAUGUCCGUGUGCUCCAGGACGAGCUUAUGUUCCCGGACGAUAAGGCUAUGGAUCAGGAUACGAAGAGCCUGAUCAGGGGGUUGUUGCAGCGGAAUCCUGCUCUGCGGAUGGCGGAGCCUAGAAUCAAGAAACAUCCUUAUUUCCAAAUGAUAGACUGGUCCCAUGUGUAUCACAAACGCUACAUACCACCGUAUAUCCCGCCCAUUGAUCCCCACAACGAGUCUGAUACCCAAAACUUUGACGAGACCUUCCUCGACAUGGAGCCUGUCAUCCACGACGAGCCCGAAGAGUCUGAACGGGAACGCCAUGAUGGUGCUACCACGGACACGAACGAUACCGAGACUUCUUCGGUCCGGACGGCGGGGGUCGAGUCCUCCGCCGCGGAUGGGGAGGAAGAACCGGACGUGUUUGAUGGGUAUUCGUAUAAGGCUAGGCACUCGAUCAUCCUCGAUAUGGACGAAGUUGAGGAAGAGCCUGAGCAAGCCGCUAGGCCACAAGAGGAGGAGACGACGUCUUCUUCCGGUAUUCGCUCGAGCGGGACUAACACGGAUGACUCGAGGUUUAUCGAGUCGAUCGCGCCUACCUCGCUCGAGGUCUCUCCGGUUCAGGAAACAGUCAAGCCGGAGACUGAGGCGGAGGCGGUAGACUUGACCAAGGACUUGGUAGUUGAGCCUAUGCUGCUGGCACAGGAUUUGUCGGGCGAGACGACGGCGACUGUCUCCCCUGCUGAAGCCCCGGUGGUGGAGAUACCUGCUCCUAUUGCCGAAGCGCUGGAAGCUCCUGUUUCCAAGGUCGAGACUCCCGCUUCGCCUGUUAAGGAGGGCUUGCCUUCGCCUGUCAAGCCUGUUACGCGGCAUGUGGAGAUCUUCGCCCCUGCUGCUGACUUGCGCGAGCAGGAAACAGCGCCUACAACGCCUAUCAAGCCUGCUGGCAAGCAUCCGCGGUUCGUACCCCGCCGGCCGAAGGAAAAGUCUGGAAUCCCCGCUCUGGACCGUACGAUCCCGCAUGACGAUGUCUUCGACUUUGAUGACGAUGAUUGGGAUUUGGUCGAGACGCCUCAUGGGGAGGAGUCGAAUAGUACCCAAGGGAAGAGCCUGUUUGCCCGGGGCGUCGUCGACCGGUAUCGGCUUGCCGUUUUCAGGAGGCCGAAUAGCGGCAAGUCUUCCCGCACGCCUUCGAGUGGCUUGUUCGGGGGCUCGACAGAUCGACUCGAUGGCACGGAUUCCCCCACUCAGUCGGAUAGCAAGCCUAAGCGAGGCAGGCUCAGUAUUCGCAGGAGUACGAACCAGUUCCUUAGGCCGAAAUCGCCUAACCCGACUUCGAUGUCGAUGUCCCUGUCUUCUGCCUCGGCACGGCCGAGCAUCGCCACCGUAUCCGUGUCCAACCCCAGCCUGAGUCGGACUACCCCACCCACGUCGUUCCACCUCACACCCUCAAGUCGGGAAUCCAGAGAGUGUGUCAACUCCCCCGUUUCCUCCGAGUCGCUUGACGGCGUCUCGAGGGCUAUCGCUCGUGGCUCGUCUGAGCACAGCUUGUUCAGCGACUCGGAGCGGCCUACGUCACCCAACGGUAAGGAGAAGCACAAGAGCCUGAACAAGGUGAAGAAAAUCACAGAGCAGGGCGCGGAGAAGGUCCUCUCGCUCUUCCACUCUCAGCAUCAGCGUUAAUCCGCUGCCUAUUCUGUUUGACUUCUUGCGGCCGACUGGACCGUGCCGCGCCCUAAUGACAAACUUCUGCAAUUCUGCAAUUUCACCAAAGUAUUUCUGUACCUGCGUUUAACUUUGCGAUGUUUCGUUGUGCCUGCUUCUAUUCUUUUCUUUUCUGGUCUCCCACGGUCCCGAGGCCCUCGGGUCCGUUAUAUCCCACUUAUGAUAUCCCCCAAACAUCGACACCCGCCACCCUCAUUUGUGUAACCAAGCUUCUUUCACUCCACGGGGCAUGGGCCCGCUCGAACCC